AUGCUCAGCGUUUCAAGAGCCGCAACCCGUUUGACUGGUGUCGUCGCACGCUUUUCGACCGGCGGACACGGAGAUGGUGCCGGACGCGGUGGUGGCUCCGGUGGAUCGAUUCGCGAUGCUGGAGGCGCGUUCGGAAAGAUGGAGGCCGCCCGUGAGGACGAGUACUUCUACAAGAAGCAGAAGGCUCAACUUCAAGAGCUCCGCGAGCACAUUCAACAGGAGGUCGACCAUCACAAGAACCAACUUGAGAACCACAAGAAGGUAGCGGAUGGAUUUUAG